UUUAUCAGAAAAACCACAACUAAUAAUUGAAGAAUUUACAUGUAAUCGGUAAAAUCAGUUGUGGGUGUAGUGUAAGGAUGAGUGAGAAGUGUACUGUGGGGAUGUUCUAAGGUUUAAACACAACCUACUACAACUAAACAUUUUGCUAAACCCAAAAGACAAAAACAGGGCUGCAAUGGCUACGGGCUCCUUGGGCCGAACACACAACUUUUUUAGGUUAAAUUAUACUAUACAUUAUAUUUAUAAUGGUGUUUUUUUUUUUUUCUAAUAUGAUAGAAACUCAUAUAUAAUCGUACAGGCUCUGUUAGAAGCGUUCAGAAGUAUUGCGAGUCUCACCAGUGCCGUGCGCAGACAGCAGAGGGCGCUGAUGCACUCUUUCCAACGUUAUCACUCAGGAGAGUGGACGUUGUCAGUGGUUAUCAGCCCCAUAGCUAGGGGCCAGUCGGUUCCUGUUCAACCUCCUCGUCGGUUCAGAAGGCCGUUAUCAUUGACUCUAUGGCCUGAUGUGGCCCACAGCCACGCCGUCAUCGAUGUAGUCCUCAACCCCGGAAGAUGGAAGACGAGACGGGUUGCGCCAGAGAUGGAGAACAGGUCAACCAAAGGGAGAGUCGUGAUCAAAGACGAGUGGCCCGGCUACAGCCUGAAGCUGUUCACCUACCCAGAGCACUACCACGAGGACGUGGAGAGUGUUUACAUACCCCACGGUGUCAUCAUGGACCGGAUCGAGCGUCUGGCGCGCCACAUCAUGGAGGACAUCUCGGACCAGAACAUCAUGGUGCUGUGUGUGCUGAAGGGCGGCUACAAGUUCUGCUGCGACCUGGUGGAGCACAUCAAGGCCAUCGGACGCAGCGCCGACAAGUACCUGGAGACCCGCGUGGAGUUCAUCAGGCUCAAGAGCUACCUGAAUGACCAGUCCACCGAGGACCUGCAGAUCAUAGGGAGUCAGGACCUGUCCUUCCUGCGGGGGAAGGUGAGCAGCAGCCCCUCCUCUAGUGACAUCACACAUGGGAGGGUCCUCCCAGAUGAAUGAUUGACAGGUCAACCUACCAGCCUGUCCAAUGGAAUGCUCCGACUGGUAGGGAUGAUCUAUCCAUCGGCCGUCUGGUUGGAGGACUCUGACCAAUUGGGAUGUGAUGGCUUGUUAUUGGCUAACCCACAUCACACCUGCUGGUAAAACAGGGGCCGUUCCUGUCUGGCUGCAGCCCUGGUGAUACACCUCCGUGCAGUGAGAUAACGCUGUUUGCUCGACUCUGUUAUAGUCUAAGGGCA